AUGCAGGCUUCAUGGCUGACUCAGUUUGUCUUUGUGACCCUGUAUAUAUUCCUGGUGUUCGUGGUGGCAAACAGAGACUUUUGUGCAAACGUUUUAGAAACUCAAGUAGGUAAGUAACAGGCUUCGAGCCAGCUUCAUUACGUUUUUCAUUCAUUUUGUUUCUGCAUCAACACUUCACCUGUAAAUGUCUCCUAACAGAUUUUGCCUUACUCGGUCACGUUAUCAACAAACUGAUGUUUUUGACCAGUUCGAAUGUCACCUUAGAUGUAUGGGAAACAGUGGUUGCAAGUCAUGCAAUGUUCAUCCUAAUGGCAAUGAUGAUAAGCUCAUUUGUGAGAAGAACGACAAAACCCGGCAAAUGAAGCCAGGUGAUUUUAAUCGGAAGAAAGGAUCUAUGUACUUUAGCUCAGUUCAGGUAAGGGGUAAGUUAAAAGUAUGGUUUUAAAGUGCGCAUAUUCAGUAUUAUGUUGCAUCGUUUUAGUCUUAUUUUUCAAUCGAAGCAAUAAAUCGUCACGAAGCGGUCUCUGUAGGAAUUUAUCGACUGAGGCUGAAUCUUGAUUUUAAUACCUUGGUAGCUAAGAAAGGCUCGAGUUCCCAGGACUCUGGCUGUUCACGUAAGAACAUUCGGAAUACAGGGAACUCCACAGGGAAUGGAGAGUACCCGAUCGACCUUGAGAAAAACGAAAACCCUUUAAAG